AGCUCGCAGCCAGCUUUCAACGGAGAUAAAAUUUAGGCUGUAUGAAAUCUUCGGUGACCCUCACCUCCCCCGACUCCCGUGUAAAUGUAGAAGUAGUUUCUGUGUGCGGCCCCUUGCGAGAAAGUUUAUUCGUCCUUGAGGAGGACUAACGUAGCACGUUAGUUGCCAAUUCGAUAUCCUCUUCUACUUCGACGCAGCGCGUCGCCUACUUAUUCCCCUAGAAGUGUGGUCGGCCUGCUCGGUGCUUGCUCUACUGACAGGUCGUGGCGCGACAAGAUGAAGUUGCACCUCUCGCGGCUCUCUGGCAAAGAGGGGGAGAUGGAGAUCCUCCUGAAAGAACCAGUGCACCGCCGCAAGAAAGGACGGCCUGUUUAUUUCGUUCACGACGUAGCUGUACUGCACUAUUUUGCUUUCGUCAUCAUGGUACUUUUCACCGGGCCCAGCUCGCCAGGUGCUGGUGGAGAACCGCAUUAUGGAGUUCUUGUUGACAACUUGUUCGCCGCUGAAGCGCUGCGAAUUUCCGCCUCGCGACCUGCGAAGGGGCACCAGCGUAAGAGAACAAAAAGUGCGUCACUUUCAUUUGUGGCGCCAUCUUCAGCAUCAAGAAGUCGAAAUGGUCCGGCGUCUCCCGUUUCGACGAAGACUUCUUUUACCACAGAAGAUGGGUCGGGUGGGUCUGGAGGUCGUGGCAACGGUGGUAGAACACGAACUGCCGGCUCUUGGAAUGAAGACAAGCCGCGCGCCGGGGCCUCUUUCGCCCAAGAGAGCGAGGAACAACUACGAGUGGGCCAUGGAAAUGGAAUAA